GUCGGUCGGGCUAGAAGCGCUUCUUGAGCGGAAACUCUUCCAAAUAAAAAUGGGUCCCCUGGAUGGAUGGCCCAUCAUUUGGAUCUAAACCAUCCCCGGGAUAACAACCAACAAAAGCGACCACACUCUCUGAAAAGAUAUAAUCAUCAUGGCCCACAAACUUCAAAAGUCCUCUUCCACGUCUACAAAACAAGUUCAGCAGAAAAACUCGUUUCAAAAGAAAGAAAGUUAUGGUUUGGAUGAAGCAGAGCUUGAUGUCGAUUAUAUAUUGAGUUACUUUUCAAGUAAGCCGGUUGCGCCGAUCAGGACCCCACACCCCUCCUGUAUUGCCAAUCUUGGUUUUGAUUUGGCAAUAGAAGCGGCCAAGAGGAAGAAGGCUGCCCAGAGAAAACAAAUUUCUUUUCCUACCGCCUCUGCCGCUCCUGCCUCACCCGCCGCUCCCGUCGUUCCUGCCGCUCCUGCCACUUCUACCACACCCACCAUUUCUGCUGCUCCCGCUGUACUUGCCGCUCUUGCCGCUUCUGCCGCUCCUGCCAAUUCUGCCACUCCCACCAUUUCUGCCGCUCCCGCUAUUCUUGCUGCUCUUGCCGCUUCCGCCACUCCCGCUAUUCAUACUGCUUCUGCCACAUCUGCCGCUUCCACCAUUUCUGCCACGCCCGCUGUCCUUGCCGCUCUUGCCGCUUCCGCUGCUCCUACCGCUUCUACCACUCCCACCGCUCCCGGAGGCCUUUGUGAUCCAUUCACUUCGGAGGAGUUGUUGACUUGUGGCUCAUGCGGGAAAACAUUGUCAGAAAAGAGUGCUUUAAUUCGUCACAAGCAGGUUCAUGACGAAGGCUCUAAGAAAUACGUCUGCGGAGUGUGCGGCAAAAGGCAAAGACAAAGAUCAAAUUGGAAGCAUCAUGUCAUGACUCACAUUGGCGAAAACAUCCCACCGGAGAUUUAUGCCACAUUGGACGAUGAUUACAGGGCACUUUUGGCUGGAGAUGAAAGCCAUGUGCCUCGAAAUAUAUACGAGAAGCGGAUGGAAGUUGCUCGAAAGAAGAGGAUAAAGUUCAAGAUUCCGUGAUUUCCUCAUAUUUCUGGUUUG